CUGUUAGCCAAACCCAUUCCGCAUGCAGGAAGACCAAGUUUAAUGAAACUACUGUGGUCUCCAUCUGCAUGGAUCAGAUACUGACACUGAGGCAACAAGGGGAACGGUGACUUCACCCACACGUCUGGAGGGCUGAUUUCCUGGGGGGAGGGCUCAGGGCCUGAGGGCAUGUACAGGAGAACCUCCCACCAGAGUCCCGACCACACAGUUUGACUCUACGCCAGAGCCACGGUCUGGAGCCUGGUCAGGGCUAGCAAAGAGGUUUCAGCUCCCGUUGGUGCUAGCAGCCGCCCACAGGACCUUGUUGUGAAAGAUUCCGGAGCCGUGAUUGGGCUUCACGGGAAAGAAUGUGUGGAUUGAUUCGCCGUGUGUGUGACGGGCAAGAGAAGGGAGAGAGAGGCGCACAUGCUGUGUGUGCCGUGGGUGAUCACUCCUCCUCAGCAGGUGGGAGAUGGUCCUUUCCCUCCCUUGCAGGCUGUGCCAGCCCAGAGCUGCUGGCCAGAACUGUGGGACGGGCAAGGCUGUGGACUUAGCGUCACCGCCUCCCUUUCGGAAUCAGACUCCUCAGCCACUUGGUCUUCAAGGUGCCUUCCAGUCCGUAUGCUAAAUUCCCAAGUGUUUGCUGAUAACUUCCGAAAGGGAGCAAUUUCCAUGGGCCUUCCAUAAUAUCGGGAAUGACUUUCUCAUGGAGGAAUUAGAGAUACCCAUGCCAGGUGGUAAGGGAGAGCCAUUCAUCUCAUUCAUGCAAUCGCUCAUUCAUGAGAGAGGGAAGGGGAGAGAGGGAAUGAGAGAGAGAGAUGAAGAGAAGUAUCGCUAUGAGAAUCUGGCUUGCCCAUCAACAGUAUAUGAAGGUGUCUGUUUUAUCGCAUCUUCACACUCACUGGGUGUUAUCAUUUUUUCAACACGUCACCCACUUGCCAGGAGCAAUGUGGGCUUUUGUUGUUGUUUUAGUCGCCGUUCCUUCAUCCCCUAGAGAGGUUGGGCAUUUUGCUGUUUGCACAUUGGUCCUGUUGGAUCUCCUUUUUUGCGAAUAUUCCUCCUCCUUCUGUACUGGUCUUGAAGGCGAAACCAGAUUCAGGGCCUCCAGGAGAAUGUGCGGAAGCUGCCGAAGCUGCCCAGCCUAUCCCCACUUGCCAUCAAGCACCUGUGGAUCCGCACUGCUUUGUUUGAGAAGGUCCUGGACAAAAUUGUGCAUUACCUGGUGGAAAACAGCAGGAAAAUAUAUGUCAAGGGAGAGAGCAGAGUCCUUCCUCUCACGAACCUCACAUAGUUGCAGGGAAAACAGGAAAAUAGUAAUUGUGGUAAUAUGUGUAAAUACUAUGAGAAGGAAGCCCUCCUGAUGGACCCGGUGGAUGGCCCCAUCCUUGCGUCUUUGUUGGUGGGGCCCUGUGCCCUGGAGUACACCAAGAUGAAGACUGCCGAUCACUUCUGGACUGACCCUUCGGCCGACGAGCUUGUCCAGAGGCACCGUAUCCACAGCUCGCACCUGCGGCAGGACUCACCCACCAAACGUCCAGCCCUCUGUAUCCAGAAGAGACAUUCAAGUGGCAGCAUGGACGACCGACCAUCCCUUUCUGCCCGUGACUAUGUUGAGUCCCUGCACCAGAACUCCCGGGCCACGCUCCUCUAUGGCAAGAACAACGUUCUGGUUCAGCCGAGGGAUGAUAUGGAGGCCGUGCCAGGGUACCUGUCUCUACACCAGACAGCUGAUGUCAUGACCUUGAAAUGGACGCCUAACCAGCUGAUGAACGGGUCGAUGGGGGACCUGGACUAUGAGAAGAGCGUCUACUGGGACUAUGCUAUGACCAUCCGCCUGGAGGAGAUUGUAUACCUGCACUGCCACCAGCAAGUGGACAGCGGUGGGACAGUGGUGUUGGUCAGCCAGGACGGGAUCCAGAGGCCGCCGUUCCGCUUCCCCAAGGGGGGGCACCUCCUGCAGUUCCUCUCGUGCCUGGAAAAUGGGCUGCUCCCUCACGGGCAGCUGGACCCUCCACUCUGGUCUCAGCGGGGGAAGGGCAAAGUAUUUCCCAAACUGCGCAAGCGAAGCCCUCAGGGUUCUGCCGAGUCCACGUCUUCAGACAAGGAAGAUGACGAGGCCACAGAUUACGUGUUCAGGAUCAUCUAUCCUGGCAUGCAGUCUGAAUUCGUUGCUCCCGACCGCUUGGGCAGCACUCCCCCAGUCUCCGUGAGCCUUGCCUGGACGGUGGUUCCUGCCGGCCGGUCGGUGCUAGUGGUGGCCAGGGGCAGUCAGUGGGCGCGAGCCAGAUGGGAUGCCACCUUCCCCAUGCCGGGUCCGAAGCAGCAGUCCCCCACCCCCCAGGACCUGAUGGAUGUCUCCGUGAGCAACCUACCACCCUUAUGGCAACCCAGCCCCCGGAAAUCCUCCUGCUCAUCCUGUUCACAGAGUGGCUCCGCCGAUGGUGGCUCAACCAAUGGCUGCAACCAUGAGAGGGCUCCCCUGAAGCUCCUCUGUGACAAUAUGAAGUACCAGAUCCUUUCCAGAGCCUUCUAUGGAUGGCUUGCCUACUGCAGACACCUGUCCACUGUGAGGACCCACCUAUCAGCCCUGGUCAAUCACAUGAUCGUGUCUCCAGACUUGCCCUGUGAUGCCGGACAUGGGCUGACGGCCAGGAUCUGGGAGCAGUACCUUCAGGACAGCACAAGUUACGAGGAACAGGAGCUUCUACGCCUCAUCUACUAUGGAGGCAUCCAGCCGGAGAUCCGCAAAGCCGUGUGGCCCUUCCUCCUGGGCCACUACCAGUUCGGGAUGACAGAAACAGAAAGGAAGGAGGUGGACGAGCAGAUUCACGCGUGCUACGCACAGACCAUGGCUGAAUGGCUGGGCUGUGAGGCCAUCGUGCGGCAGAGGGAGCGGGAAUCCCACGCGGCUGCCUUGGCUAAAUGCUCAUCAGGGGCCAGCCUGGACAGCCACCUGCACCGGAUGAUGCACCGGGACUCCACCAUCAGCAAUGAGUCCUCCCAGAGCUGCAGUUCAGGCCGCCAGCACGUCCGCCUGCAGAGUGACUCCAGCAGCAGCACACAGGUGUUUGAGUCUGUGGACGAAGUGGAGCAGGUGGAGGCAGAAGGCAGGUUGGAGGAGAGACAGCCCAAGAUCCCCAACGGGAACCUGGUGAAUGGCACCUGUUCCCCGGACUCCGGCCAUCCGUCAUCCCACAACUUCUCCUCGGGCCUCUCGGAGCCCUCGGAACCCAGCCUGAGCACGGAGGACGGCGUCAUGGACGCCCAGCGGAAUGCCCCUCUGGUGCUUCGACCUGGGGACAGCAGCGUGGAUGACGGGCAGAGCAGUGAGGCCACCACCUCCCGGGAUGAGGCCCCCCGCGAGGACCUGGCCGUGCAGGACAGCCUGGAGAGCGACCUCCUCGCCAACGAGAGCAUGGACGAGUUCAUGUCCCUCACUGGCAGCAUGGACGUGGCCCUGCCCGGAAAGGAGGGGGCCGCGAUGGAGGGCUGGGGAGACAGUGAGGUGGGGAAGCACAGCCGUGUGGACAGUGAGGACAACCUCUCAGAGGAGCCCGAGAUGGAAAGUCUCUUCCCCGCCCUGGCCUCUCUGGCCGUGGCCACUUCUGCCAACAACGAGGCGUCCCCCGUGUCUUCCAGUGGCGUCACUUACUCUCCGGAGCUCCUGGACCUGUACACCGUCAACCUGCACCGCAUCGAGAAGGACGUGCAGCGCUGUGACCGCAACUACUGGUACUUCACGCCCGCCAACCUGGAAAAGCUGCGGAACGUCAUGUGCAGCUACAUCUGGCAGCACAUUGAGAUCGGCUAUGUCCAGGGCAUGUGUGACCUCCUGGCUCCACUGCUGGUCAUCCUGGAUGACGAGGCCCUGGCCUUCAGCUGCUUCACGGAGCUCAUGAAGAGGAUGAACCAGAACUUUCCCCAUGGGGGCGCCAUGGACACGCACUUUGCCAACAUGAGGUCGCUGAUCCAGAUUCUGGACUCCGAGCUCUUUGAGUUGAUGCAUCAGAACGGGGACUACACUCACUUCUACUUCUGCUACCGCUGGUUCCUGCUGGAUUUCAAGCGAGAACUUGUCUACGAUGACGUCUUCUCUGUCUGGGAGACCAUCUGGGCAGCCAAGCACGUCUCGUCCGCCCACUACGUCCUGUUCAUCGCGUUGGCUCUGGUGGAGGUCUACCGUGACAUCAUCUUGGAGAACAAUAUGGAUUUCACAGACAUCAUCAAAUUCUUUAACGAAAUGGCUGAGCGGCACAACACCAAACACGUCCUGAAGCUGGCCCGGGACCUCGUGUACAAGGUGCAGACUCUGAUUGAGAACAAGUGAGGGCCACCUCACCCCAGCCCUGUCAGCCGUGCCGCCACCCACCUGUCCAGCCCGCUUUUCCUCCCGGCUGCCCCGGGAGCGAGGUCCUGGUGUCUGUUCGUGAGCAUGGACUUCCGUGCAGAGAGAAACUGCCCCAACUUUGGCCGCCAGGCAGGUGGGGUCGAGGGUUUGCCCCUUGAGUUCAGCCUUACGUUUUCCUGUUUGACCAAAGAUUGUCCAAGUCUGGGAUUUCUCCCUUGUGGGAGUUGGGGUACGUCAGUGGAUGGAGGGAACAGUUUCGUUUGUGGUCUCCAGAAUGGUUGCCUUUCUCUUAUUCUGUCCUAACCCCUCCAAACUGUUCCGUCAGGGGAGACUUGGAGAAGGAGUUUUUCUUGGGGAACUAGUGUAGGAGAGGUCUGUGGGGCUACCUCUACACUCUGAAAGGGGCCUCUGGAGAUGUUCCAGAACAUGGCCGGCAGGCAGGCUUGGAGCAGAGUUUCUGCACCUCCCUCGGCGCUGUUGACAGGGAGCUGGGUGAACCGUCUUCUGAGAGGGGUCGUCCUGUGCGUUGUUGGAAGGUAAGCAGCAUCGCUGGCCUCUGCCUGCAAGAUGCCAGGAGCGCCCCCUCCCCAACCCAGCUGUGACAACCCGAAGGGUUUGCAGAUUUUGCCACAUGUCCCCACUUGAGAACCAGUGGUGUAGAGGAGGGGCUGCAAGUCUAUCUCCUUCCCCCCUUUUGUUUAACCACCUGCUCCUGAGGCUUUCUCCCACUUAGAAAAGGCACACAGGAGUCCACAUCUCUCUCGGGAUCUGGCUUCUGUUUGUUGUGGUCUCUCAUUUUUUUUCUCCUCCACCUGACCCCAGGAGAGACUUCUUUCCUUCUUUUCAAGAAAGCCUCUCCCUGAGAGGCUCCCCGGAGACGGAGGGAAGGGCGGAACAGUGAGAAGUGUGGUAGGUGUGAGUUAGCCCGAGGUCCCGCCCAAAGCCCUCCAGGCAGGGUGGAGUCCAGAUCCCUUUGUUCACCUCCUAGGGAAGAUCUCACCUCUGCUUCUGCACUUUGGGUCUGAUGCUCCAGAAUUUUGGAAGGUGUGUGUGAGUGGCCGCCACUUCAAGGGAGGUGGGGGAAGCUGGCUUUUCCCUAGGUGCCUUUGAUCACUCAGGACAAAGGAAGGACAGGAAGGCAGAGGUCCGCCAGAGUAGACUGUGAUGGGUGUUUUCCUUGGAAAAUAUGCUGAUGAACUGGCCCCCGGAACAUGGAUGGCUAAGUCUGGAAGUGGUCCCCUCCGCGUCUUCACACAAAGGGUCGCCAGUCACAAACAGACCCCGAGUUAGCUGGUUCACCCUGCCUACCUGUCCUUUGAUAGAGCAGUCCUGCCAGCUCUUUUCUGAGAACACACGUGGGAGAAACAGAGUCAGGUUGGAAGGCUCCUCCCCAGAAUGGAAGGUAGGAUUUUGGAGAGGGGAGGAGACUCAUAAGCACAAGGAAGCAUUCACAGAGAGGGUACGUUAGUCCUCUGUCCUGAGCAAACCAGGAGGGGGAGGAACCCCUACUCUGCGUGCUUGUGAAGGCUCGCCCCUGGGCCCCAGUGCCUUCAACUGCAUCCCAAGCCCCCAGUCUCCCACGUGGGGCCUCCUGAGCAGGACGGACGAGACCGAAGUGUCCCUUGCCUCUGAAGAAUGUGCUCUGUGAAAAUUGCACCUCCUGGCUCUGGUCCCCACCUUCCCAAGACGAGGAAAACACGUCCAGAUCAAAGUUUUCCUUGCCACUCAACUCUUCGUUACAGAGGACAUUAUUUUAGCAAGACCCAGGUCCCAGACCUUCCGAUUCUGAUUUAUUUUUCUUGACAGACUAGUCCCAAAGUAUAGCACACAAUCUCUUCUCCGCCUUCUCUCGUGGUGUUCCAGAGAAGUGUCGGUGGUUGUGAUUUGGAACAACUCCUAUUUGUUCAGCUUACGGUGUUUAUUUUGGUCUCCGUACAUCGUGCGUCCUCGUGUCCGGGAAUCGAGUGCGUGGGAGUCAUUCUGUCCGUGGAGUGCCCUCCUCUUUCUCUCAGUGUUGCCAACAUAUCUUGUAACUGUUUACUGAAGAGUUGUGUCUAUAUAGAGAGAAAAUAUAUAUAAGCAGAGAAAUGUG